UACUCUCCAAAAUUAAACAACAACCUGGAAGCCAUUUUAUUAUUUUCCAACCCCAAGAGGAAGAAUUUGAGUCCUGGAAGCUUAGCUACCCGCCGGCCUUGCUGGUUACAAUGGAGAAGAACUCUUUUAUCCUUGUUGCUUUCUUCCUUAUGCUUUCAUGUAUGGUAGCUCCAAGUCAUGGCAAGAAGCAAACACAAGCUCUCGGCGAUCUUUACAGGACCAAGAUGAAGGGAAGUUCCGGCAUUGUUACGAGUCUUUUCGAGCCAAUUCAAUCCAUAAGCAAGGCCAGUGUUCAUCCACAGGAGGGAAUGAAAGAGAAAGACAGGAUUGAAAAGUUGCCUGGACAACCUGACGUCCAAUUUUCACAGUAUGGCGGCUAUGUAACAGUUGAUAAAUCAGCAGGUCGUGCCCUUUAUUACUAUUUCGCUGAAGCUCAGCAUUCCAAGGAGUCUUUGCCUCUUCUUCUUUGGCUCAACGGAGGACCUGGUUGUUCAUCUCUAGCAUAUGGAGCAAUGCAAGAGCUUGGACCCUUCAGAGUUCAUAGCACUGGAAAAACACUUUACAGAAAUAGUUACUCAUGGAACUAUGCUGCAAAUGUUUUGUUUCUUGAGUCUCCUGCUGGGGUGGGAUUUUCAUACUCCAACAGAACAUCAGAUUAUAAUGAGAGUGGUGACAGCAAAACAGCUGCUGAUAAUUAUGUGUUCUUGUUAAAUUGGUUGGAGAGGUUUCCUGAAUACAAAGGCAGGGAUUUUUACAUCUCUGGUGAAAGCUAUGCGGGGCAUUAUGUCCCUCAACUUGCACAUACCAUUCUCCAACACAACCAGAAGGCUAACAAGACCCUUAUCAACCUCAAAGGAAUUAUAAUUGGGAAUGCUGUGAUCAAUGACGAAACUGAUGUUAAAGGAAUGUAUGACUACUUUGAGAGCCAUGCUCUCAUUUCAGAAGAUACAGCAUCCAGAAUUAAAAAGCACUGUAAUCUUUUAUCCGAGGAUACCACAAAUGCCACCCGUGAGUGCAUUGCAGCCGUUGAUGAGGCAGACAGGGAUACUUACUACCUUGAUAUUUACAGUAUCUAUGCCCCCCUAUGCCACAAUUCCAAUCUCACAGCGCGGCCAAAAAAAGCUUCAGUGAUGAAUAUUGAUCCAUGCAGCGACAAUUACGUAUAUGCUUAUCUAAACAGGGCUGAUGUUCAAGAAGCCCUCCAUGCCAAUGUGACAAAACUCGACCAUGAUUGGGAACCCUGCAGCGACAUCCUCCGAAAAUGGCGAGAUAGCCCUUCAACAAUCAUUCCCCUUCUGCAGGAGUUUAUGGCUAACGGGCUCAGAGUGUGGGUUUUUAGUGGUGAUACAGAUGGAAGAGUACCAGUUACUUCAACCCAGUACUCCAUUAACAAGAUGAAGCUUCCAGUAAAAACUAAGUGGCAUCCAUGGUACCUUGAUGCAGAGGUUGGUGGCUAUACUCAGGUGUACAAGGGGGAUUUAACAUUUGCUACAGUAAGAGGGGCUGGGCACCAAGUGCCAAGCUACCAACCAAAGAGGGCUCUUGCACUGAUCAAGCACUUUCUUACUGGGGCACCUCUGCCAGAUACCUCAAGAUACAAUUAAAUUUCCUCUAAAUUUUUCAGAUGUAUUUCAUUGCUUCAUCUAUAAUCAUUGAUUAGAUUUUAGGAAAGGUGUUUAUCCAAUUGCCCAAUGCUAUUUUUUCAGUAAAUGUACUGAACUCGGGAAAGAAAAUAUAUACAAAUUGUCAUUUUAAAUUAUUCAAUGAAAUGCAGUUAGUUUUUGGCUUUG